AUGGAUCCCGAACCUCUUGAACCCUCGGCCGGGCCUGGUGCGCAGGGUGCCGGCGCCAGAGGCGACUCAGGCACCAUGAGCCAGGACGCCGAGGUGGACAUGAAGGAGGUGGAGCUGAACGAGCUGGAGCCCGAGAAGCAGCCGAUGAACGCGGCCUCGGGGGCGGCCGUGUCCGCGGCCAUGGCGGGCGGCGCCGAGAAGAACGGCCUGGUGAAGAUCAAGGUGGCGGACGACGAGGCGGCGGCGGCGGCCAAGUUCACGGGCCUGUCCAAGGAGGAGCUGCUGAAGGUGGCGGGCAGCCCCGGCUGGGUGCGCGCGCGCUGGGCGCUGCUGCUGCUCUUCUGGCUCGGCUGGCUGGGCAUGCUGGCGGGCGCCGUGCUCAUCAUCGUGCGGGCGCCGCGCUGCCGCGACCUGCCGGCGCAGGGCUGGUGGCAGAAGGGGGCGCUCUACCGCGUGCGCGACCCGCAGGCCUUCCAGGGCCCCGGCGCGGGCGGCCUCGACGGCCUCAAGGGGCGCCUGGACUACCUGGGCUCCCUCAAGGUGAAGGGCGUCGUGCUGGGCCCGAUCCACAAAACCCAGAGAGACGACGUCGAUGGGACCCACUUGGAACAGAUCGACCCCACGUUUGGCUCCAAGGAAGACUUUGAGAGUCUCCUGCAGGCGGCCAAGAAAAAGAGCAUCCGGGUCAUUCUGGACCUCACCCCCAACUACCGGGGCCAGGACUCGUGGUUCCUCCCCACCCAGACGGACACGGUGGCCACCAAGAUAACCGAUGCUCUGAGUUUCUGGCUGCAGGUUGGCGUGGAUGGGUUCCAGGUUCGGGACGUGGAGAAGCUGAAGAAUGCGCCUCUGUUGUUGGCCGACUGGCAGAACAUCACCAAGAGCUUCAGUGAAGAUAGGCUCUUGAUUGCAGGAACGGGGUCCUCCAACCUGAGCGAGAUCGUGAGCCUGCUCGAACCGGCCAAGGACCUGCUGCUGACCAGCUCGUACCUGGCGGCCCCGCCUUUCACCGGGGAGCACGUGAAAACGCUGGUCGCCCAGUACCUGGAUGCCACUCGCGGGCAUUUGACCAAUGACAGCCGCUGGAGCAGCUGGAGCCUGUCCCAGGAGGGCCUCCUCACUUCCUUCGUGCCGGCCCCGCUGCUCCGACUCUACCAGCUGCUGCUCUUCACGCUGCCAGGGACCCCGGUGUUCAGCUACGGGGACGAGAUCGGCCUGAAGGCAGCGGUCCUGCCCGGACAGCCUGAGCAGGCCCCGGUCAUGCUGUGGGAUGAGUCCAGCUCCCUCAACACCUCGGGACCUGUGAGCGCCAACAUGACGGUGAAGGGCCAGAGCGGAGACACGGGCUCCCCGCUGAGCCUGUUCCGGCAGCUGAGCGACCUCCGGGGCAAGGAGCGCUCCCUGCUGCACGGCGACUUCCACGCACUGCCCUCGGCGCCCGGCCUCUUCGCCUACGUGCGCCACUGGGACCAGAACGACCGCUACCUGGUGGUGCUCAACUUCGGGGACACGAGCCAGCCCGCCCGCCUGGCGGCCUCCAGCAGCCUGCCCGCCAGCGCCAGCCUGCCCGCCAGCGCCAGCCUGCUGCUCAGCACCCAGCCGGGCCGGGAGGAGGGCGCCUCUCUGGAGCUGGAGUACCUGAAGUUGGAGCCCCACGAGGGGCUGCUGCUCAAAUUCCCCUACGUGGCCUGA